CCAAAACCAUUUAUUCAAAUGGGCCGGGUCCACAUCUCCACAAAUUAAAAAAUAUCGCUUUUCCAAACAACGGUGGAAAUUACAAAACUAUAUAAAUCUUUGUCUAUUUAAAGGAUACACAAUCAUGAAAUUUGGAAAUCAAAUCCAAGUAAGAAAAAUAGUAGUCGAAAAAAAAAAUUAAGAACUAAAUACAAUUAUCAUAUACUAUACUAUAUAUAAACCUCGGCGCCGCAUAUAUAACUCGCCGGAAAAUCAGAAAAUGGAGGAUCUCCGGCGAAUGAGAUCGGAAAUGCAGCGGCCCGACACCGCCUCAAGCCUUAACAAAAACAUCUCCGGUGACGGCUUCACCGACGUUUUCGGCGGUGCCCCCCGCAGCAUAUUCUCCCACCAGUUAUCCGCCGCCGGUUGCUUCUAUGAUGACAUAUUCUGGCAGACAGAUAAGGCAGCUGCGGUGGCGGCGGCACCUCUGAGGCGGAGGGGGCGGAACUUGCCUCUCUUCGAUAUUCCUUCCUUGCAGCAGGUUAGUAGUGAUCGUAGCAGCCGCCAAAAAAAUUGGUUUUUCAGUGACAUUUUCAGCUGGGAUGCGAAGAAGUUGAUGAGCUCGAGGUCUAGAUCGAGAUCGAAGACGAGUUCGUCGUCGGCGCUGAGCUCGGAGGAGCUCAGCCCUCUCCGCCCUCCUAUCUUCAACGCAGGAUUCGAUGAUGCUUCCUUGUUAGCGUCCAAGCUCAGACCAAUAAACGUGAAGAGUAAGUGGAAUUCGUGUAGAAGUGAAGAUGAAGAUGAUCAAAAAAAGCAAAAAUCGGCAUUGUUUCCGAAUUUCGAUUGUGAAAACGAGUAUCUUGACAAAUUGUGGGGCUGCCCUGCUGGAUCCAACACAUUGAUGAAGGAAAAUGUUGAUAUUGAGAAGAUGAAUUUGAGAGUGUCUGAAAAUGAUGACGUGCAGUUCAACUCACCAUCAUCGGCAGUUUCAUCAAUUGAUGAGAUUCUGAUAGACGAAAUGGAAUUAGAUGAUAUUGAUGAAGAUGAGUUGAUGAGCUCUUACGUUAUAGAGCUGGAUUCUUGCAGCAGAUACGAAUCCACCGAUGUCGACGAAGCCAUCGCGUGGGCCAAACACAAGUUCCACACUCAUUCUUCUCCAACUCCAACACAAGAAGUGAAGGAUGAGUGUCAGAUUUCCUCAACAGGGGUUCAGGAUAGCUCUCUAUUAGUGAUAGAAGAUGAUACGAGCAUACUUGAUGAAAAGAUAAGGUUGUGGUUGAUCGGCAAGGAAUCCGAUGUCCGUUUGUUACUAUCUUCGUUGCAUCAUAUUCUAUGGCCUAACAGCGGGUGGAACGCGAUACCUCUAAUGAAAUUAAUGGAGAGCUCACAAGUGAAGAAAGCAUAUCAAAAAUCCAUUUUGUGCCUUCAUCCCGACAAGCUACAACAAAGGGGAGCCACACUCUUACACAAGUAUAUUGCACACAAGGCCUUUGCUGCUCUUCAGGAUGCUUGGACGAUGUUUACCUCCCUAGACGUCUCGGGCAAUUGAAAAACUAUAUUGAUGGCUUGAGUCUGCAGAUGAGAUAUGAAGAGCGAGAUCUAGGGUUCAAUCACCAUCUCUUACGUGAUUCAUCAAAUGUUAGACAUGAAGAAUGAGAUCUGGAUGAGUUCAAAGUUUUCGAGCAAUCACCAUCCAACGCGCAAAGUGACGAUGAUUGUUCGAGGAUUUGGAUAUGUACGAUUGCAAGAAGAUGUUGGUUGUAAUAUAAUACUAAAUCGUGGUUUGUAGAUAUUGUGUUAGUUCAUCGAUUGGAAUUAAGCUAUGAAGUUUAAAUGGCUGAUUUUAUAUAUGAUGAUUUGUUUUA